UCGUCAUUUACUGUGUUACACAACCCCACCAGCCUGUUCAUGACUAGACUAAGUUAUGUGCUCUUUAUCUUGACCCUUGCAGAUCUACAUUAUAGUGGCAUGCCAUAUAGAUCGACUAUUGCAGUUUCCCCUUCUAUAGUGAUUCCUCUUAUUGGUCAUUUUGUGUUUGCUUUGAACCUUCUCGCCCUCCUUCUAUCAGUGAGAGAAUCAUGCAAGAAUUAUGAGUUUAUGUCCCAAGAUGGUUGCUUGUAGUGCGAUAUGCUGCCCAAGAUGUUCAGCUAUAGUAGAAAGGGAUGUCAUCUAAGAGAGAAUUCUAAAGGCGCAU